AUGACUACGGAACCAGAAGCACAGCCUGAUUUCCAUCCCAAAAAUGAAAUCGACAAAAAAAUUGCCGCCCGACUCACAGAAAUCUGGAGAAAAGACGCUAAAACCUGGAAGCCGAAAGUACGGCUAGAAUUUCGAAACCUUUGUCCGCACGCUCGAGUUACUGCAGGUACCUGCAUAGCGAGCAGUCACAAGCUGCACCGGGCAAUAUGCGGACGCAAGGCCACAGAUGCUGAAUACAUCAUUCUUAGCACUCUGUUUGGUACCGAGAACAUAGAAAGACUUGUUUGGGGGGCUGAAUUCAAAAAGCGGACUCAUCCGUACCCACACGAGGAAGGUAUAGUGACCAGUGAAGACAAAAGAGCCUUGAAGGCCGCAGCGAAGUCAGGCAGUAAUGAUGAUGGGGAAGCACGGCGAGCCCAUAUCGAAGGCGAUGGCACAAAAAUAGGGGUUUCCAAGGAGCAGGAUGAGUCUAAGAAAAUAAAUCUAGGCCAAGAGAGGCCCCGACCUAUUCCCAGGACUGAGGCGACUGCGAAGGAAGAGGAGUUUGAAGCUUGGGGGGCCAAAAAAGAUACUGAUGGCCUAGGUUGGAUUCGGCAAGGCUUUGAUGAUAUCAAGGGUGAUAUGAAAAAGAUUUUUCGGGGCAUAGAAAGCAUCAAGGAAGAAGCAGAUUCCACUGGGGCAGGUCCUAAAAAGAUCAAAACCGAAACGGCUGAGGAGGAUGGGCUACUGGCUAGUAUCAAACCAGCCUGUAACAACCCCGGUGACGUUGGAGAAGAUAACGUCCAAGAACCCAGCACGAGAGCGGACGAACGGACGAGCGGCAAGCGAAAAAGGAACCGCAAUUCAACAUUACGGGUCAGGAGGCGCAAGACAAACAGCAGGCAGUCCUCCAACGACGUGGAGACGCUUCCAAUGAAACUCAAUGCACUGGAAAGUCGAUGUAUUGCCCAAGAGGAGAAAUCAGUCGCGCUGGAGGCAAUUAUUGCCGACAGAAACGAAGAGAUUGAGACGUUGCGGCAGCAAGUUGAUACGAUUUGGCGUUACCUGGCGCUGGAUCCCGAGAUGUGA